CUACAGAGGUCCCAUGAUCGUUGAUAAUGGCACGAUGCCUCGAUUGCGAGCUUCUGGUACCGCCGGUUUGGGCACAACACUUGCCUAUGAAGUACAAGAGCUCCCAGACACGUUGACUGAAAUCAAAUUUAACGUGUUGCCGAUGGUGCAAGCGCCAGUAUGGACGUCUGGCGACAAGGGAGCGUUCUUCUUUGUUCCCAUCACACCGGGCCGAGAGUCAGUCGAGCUCGAGGAGACGUUGUCUACAGGACAGCCAUUGUACCAAGCCAAUGGAGAGUUCAGCGCAACAGGCGUCUUCCUUGUCGAUGGCGUGCCGCUGUUGAAGUUGACGGGGAACUCAAGCAGAAUCGUUACCACGGAACAUGCGUUGGCUGCUGAAUCAUCGAAUGCACUGUCUUCCAGUGCAGACAGUAUGAACGUCACAGAAGCGCCUGCUCCGACACAUGUUUCGCCUGAUGUACAGCUGCGAUGGCUUGGCCGAGGAAAGCCCAAAACAACAGCACAUGCCACGAAACCGGUAUCGCAUGCCGCCAAACCGACUGCUGGCAAGGGAGGUGGACUGCUUGGUCAUCUCGCAAAAGGCGUCAAGAGCGCAGUUGGUGGCCACGGAAUUGCUAUGCCAAAGACCAAGACCCAGACGCAUCACACUGGCAAACCGACAGCAACUGCGACAGCGCAUGCUAAGACCGGACAUGGUAAGAGUAUCCACACUGCAGUCCACGAACCUAGCGGACCCCAUCCCACAGGCGGACAUGGGAGUGAGCAUUCUGCUCCCCAUGGACAGCAGGCCCAUGGGCAUGCUACCCAAAAUGACACGAUGGCCACGCCUACCGGUGUCUCGGAUCUUGGAGGGGGCCAUGCCCAGGAGCACUCAUCGCAUCCACCUUCGAAGCCCCAAAGCGAAGCAUCAGGUGAAGAUGGGUUAUUGGGACCAACAAGUGCUGACGAAGUGGGAGUGGCAGGUGGAGACGAAGCGGGAGCAGUAGGUGAAGACGAAGUGGGAGCAGCAGGCGAAGACGGAGUAGGAAGCGCAAGUGGGUCUGAGAAUUCUGAAGCGACUCACAUGGAGGAACCUGGUGUCGGGCUUUGACUGAGGCCACGAAUGACAGGGAGAUUUGGGGCGCGACAAUGCGGCGACAUGACUUGUUGACGUUAUCUUGCGAGUGAAUUUUUGCGAGUGAAU